GCGUGGUUUUCACCGGGGAGCUUUGGGGUGCUUUUAGAAACCAGUUAGAGACAAAACAAAGUGGAAUUUCUCACCUCUUGCGUAAGAUUUUACACACAGAAACACUUUAGGGUCAGGAGCGCGACUCGUGAGGGGGGAUGCGAGCUUCAAUUAGAAAUAUGGCCUGAGGACAACAAGGAUCACCUUCUGUCUUCAAGUAAGACCUCCAACUUUCAUGCUUCAUCUAAGACUUUUAUGAACUUUGAAAACAGGCAUACUUGCAGAUCAGAGUUUGGAUUCCUGGGACAUUUGGCACACUUUUACGCACGCCUGCGCAGUGCUCGAUGUAACCGAGUGAGAAACUUUUGCAGCUGGGCCAUGCUGCGGUGACUAAAAUUGCAGAAGGAGACUACUGAGAGUUGGAAAAUAAUUCUGACCAACAAAAACAAAAACCAAAAAAACAGAGGGCAGUAAAUCAGAGGGAGAGUACUUUGCAGAGGUAAAGCGAGGACAACACAAGCUGGUGUCUCCAAAUUCAGCGGGCUCCAGUUUCAGCCGCUCCAGGGGCUCCUGCUAUUAAAGCCUUCAUCUGACCUGGGAAAAGUUGUCAACAAGAGCUGUGAGCGGAGGCGAACUGGCAGGUCUUCAAGUUCAUUUACAUGUAGACGUAUAUCCACUCCGCUAUAUAUAGAAGUGGCCUGUGGAACAAGCAGCCUUAAUAAGUUUCUCCUCCCACCCACCGGGCCUGCAGCAGUCCAACGCACCAAGAGUGUGCGUGUGCCUAUAUAUACACCAUACAGGCUUUUAAUUCCCUCCGCAAUCUGCCCGCUGUCGGUUUGGCUGUGAGGCCAGGAGUCGUCGCAUGGACUGACAUGGCCGCCGACCUCGCCAUGAGCGCAGAGCUGCCCAACAGCCCUCUGGCCAUCGAGUACGUCAACGACUUCGACCUGAUGAAGUUCGAGGUGAAGAAGGAGCCGCUGGAGGCCGACCGCUUUUGCCAUCGCCUGCCGUCCGGCUCACUAUCCUCCACUCCGAUCAGCACCCCCUGCUCCUCCGUGCCUUCGUCGCCCAGCUUCUGCGCCCCGAGUCCGGGCGCGCAGCCUAACCAGGGCCUCCCCGUCGGUGUCAACGGUGGCAGCAAUAGCAACAACAGCAACGGCAACAACAAUCACAACAACGCGAGCAAGCCUCAGCUGGAGGACCUAUACUGGAUCCCCAGCUACCAGCACCACAUCAACCCGGAGGCGCUCAACCUGACCCCCGAGGACGCGGUGGAGGCGCUGAUCGGGAACGCGCACCACCACCACCACCACCACCAGGCCUACGAGGGCUUCCGCGGCCAGCAGUAUGUCGGAGAGGACCUGUCUGCGGCUUCGGCUGUGCACCACCAUCAGGCCCACCACCACCACCACCACCACCACCACGGGCACCACGUCCGCCUGGAGGACCGCUUCUCCGACGAGCAGCUGGUCAGCAUGACCGUGCGUGAGCUGAACCGGCAGCUGCGCGGCUUCAGCAAGGAGGAGGUGAUCCGCCUGAAGCAGAAGCGGCGCACGCUGAAGAACCGCGGCUACGCGCAGUCCUGCCGCUUCAAGCGUGUCCAGCAGCGGCACAUGCUGGAGAACGAGAAGUGCACCCUGCAGAACCAGGUGGAGCAGCUGAAGCAGGACGUGGCGCGCCUUGUCAAGGAGCGGGACCUGUACAAGGAGAAGUACGAGAAGCUGGCCAGCCGGACCUACAACUCCGGUGGGCCUGCGAACACGAGAGAUCCGUCCGGGAAACAGGCCAGCACCGAUUUCUUCAUGUGAGAGACAUUACAGCCCUCACCUCCACUCUCUUCUGACUCUAAUUGAUCUUUUCUGAUUUGUGUUUACAGUUAUUCCUCAACAAAAAACUUUAAAUCUCAUCUUCUUAACAAAUAAAGGUUAGGUGCGCACAAGCGUCACAUCCGUGAGUCUUAAAGAUGUUAAACUUCUGUAAGUCCACAACAAACAAGUCAGGUCGGCACAUGGGAUCAUUUUCAGGCUGCAGACUCUUCUCCUCCUGUCAGAUGUCUUAUGAACCAAUGACUGUCUUAAUCCAGAGAUAGCGCCGGGUUUGUGUUAGAAUCAGGCAGAAGCAGCAGCACAGGCUGCAGGAGGAGAAUGCCCUGUGAUGCAGAGACUCUCAGUAAUGCAAGUGUAAUAGUUUCCCCCAUCCCUUUGCAACCCUGCAUGCAGGACAUGUAUGGUAACCUCCAGCCAAACCUCUCCACAUAUGUAUGGAAAGCAUGACCCAUGGGUUCUCCCCAUCCAUCCAUCCAUCCAUCCAUCCAUCCAUCCAUCCAUCCAUCCAUCCAUCCAUCCAUCCAUUCAUCCAUCCAUCCAUCCAUCCAUCCAUCCUUCCAUCCACCCCUCCCUCCCUCUGACAUCAGUAAGGCCUGGGUAUGCAGAAAAAGACCCCCCCCCCCCCCAGAGGUGCAAAGAACUGCGACUGAAAUGCAAAAACAAUCUGCUUCACUGCAAAACACAUGGAUGCGUAUUUACCUGCUUUUUUCAAUCAGUUUUUUCUAUGGUUUUAAAAAGAAAAGAAAAACGAAAAAAAGAGAUUACCUGAGCCAGAUUUUAGACUGUAUUUAUUUCAACCUGUAUAUAAUGUGUAGAGAAAAAAAACAAGCAGUGAUCUGUGUUAUUUUACCUUCUCUCUUUUUAGGUUUUUUGUUGCUUGGAUUCUUCGAAAUGUCUUAAUUCAAAUGUUUGUAUGUUACAGCAUGCAAAUUGUCUGUGGUAUCCUCCUCCUCCUGCUGAACAUGUUGAAACUGCACUAAAGAGCAAACUGGAGAAAUGUUUUGUUUUUAACCUGGAUGUAAAUUUGAUUUAAAGGAAAAUGACUGCUGCUAAAACUCUAUGCACCAAUCUGAAGAUUAAAAAAACUUAAUGCUUUAUUUUCUCUCUUUUUUAUUUUAAAUAAUGAAACAUUUUGCGUGGCCUGCAGGGUUUCCCUGCUGCCCGGUGUCUUAAAGCGAUCUUAUGGGGAGGAUGCUUGAUUGUAGAGAAACGGGACACUUUGCCUGGUGGUAUACAGCUGACAGGCUGAUCAGUACUCUGUCAACAAGUUCGUGUGUUAUCUGCUGCCUAGAUAUAUGUGCAAUAUUGUGCAGAAGCGUUCUGGUGUUGGAGUAAAAUAAAACAGAGGAUUUAGUUUGUUUCCCGCCAAAAAUCAUACAAACAAUUAACAAACAAAUCUCGGCCAAAUAAAAUCAAUCGUUUUCAAAAUUAAUGAUAAUUUGAUCUGUCUCUAUAGAAUCAAACUUCUGCACAGUGCUGCGGAUGUAUAUCUGUACAUAUGAUUUCUAUAUUUAUCCGACGAACCUGUCCUGACGUGUCAACAAGUGGAAAAAUCUGCAAAGAGGAAAAAGUUGUUGAGAAACUCUUGUUUUCAUAAUGUUUAAUAAAAAGUUCUGUCCCAAAUA